AUGGACAAAAUCAAUCCUGAUUGGGCGAAGGACAUUCCGUGCAGAAAUAUCACUAUUUAUGGUUACUGCAAGAAGGAGAAAGAAGGUUGCCCUUUUAAGCAUAGUGAUAACGCUACCGUUACUACCAUAAAUGACGUCUCUCCUCUAAUAGAUGCAGGCGAGGCUACAACUCCAACCAUGGCAUCAGUUCCCAAGUUCAAUGCUAAAGUAUCCGCAAGUUUCACCCCAAUGACAGUCGGUGGUGACUCCCUAGCCACUGCGACUAACACCACCUCUGCUGCUACGAAUACUACUGGCAGCAUCACUAUGGCAGCCACUUCCGUCACUACUUCCACAGUCAAUCCGAUGACGAAUCCGGUGGUUAAUGGCUCGUUGUUGAACAAUAAUAACAACAGUAGUAAUAUAAGCAUAUCAAUACCUACUACCGCUUCAAGUUCCAAUUACGACCCCUUCAAUGCGCCCAUUUUCACUCCCUCUUCAACUUCUUCAAUUCAUACUAAUACAAAUGCACAUUCUUCUUUCCCAUUUCCGUCCAUUACGAAUUCCGGCGGCAUUAAUGUGAGCGCCAAUGAUGAUAAUAGUAACAAUAUGAGUAUUGCUAAUAACGUGCCACCUCCUAUGCAACCACCGCCCAUAGAUAGUAACACUCUUAAGUACCCGAGAAUUUAUCCGCCUCCUCACAGCCUUCUACAGUACCAUCUGUAUGCCCCUGAACAGCCAUCAUCAUUGAAAUCAUUAUUAAAACCUAAUGAAAGGUCCGCGGAUCAGCUUUUCAUUCCUAACAAUAUUAGAGAAGAUUUGACCAAGAAAAACUUAUCAAUUUUGCAGGUUUUCCCCCCUUCAGGUAAAGUUAUACCAAGCAUUGUGCAAGAUUAUUUUAAUUUGGUUCCACUGAACUUCAAUAAUAACGACUUUUUAAACAAAACUACCCUGUUCAAAGUUUUUUCUAACUAUGAUGGUAAGGCGUAUGUUUUGAAAAGACUUCCUAAUAUCGAUAAGUCAAUGAAUCCAAACAAAAUAUCCAAAAUAUAUCAGAUAUGGUCAAAGGUUAAUUGUACAAAUUUGAUAAAGUUUAGGGACAUUUUUCAAACUACCAAAUUUGGUGAUCUCUCUAUUUGUUUAAUCUUCGAUUACUACCCAAACUCGCUAUCUUUGUACGAUUAUCAUUUUGUUAAUUUCCCUAAAUUUCCAAUAACCAAUAAUUAUCUAUGGAUAUAUUUAGUUCAACUCACUAAUGUGAUAAAUUCUAUCCAUUCACAAAACUUAAGCAUUGGCGAUACCUUAAACUGGAGGAAGGUCUUAAUUACUGGGGACCCAGGUAGAAUUAAAUUAUCGCAUUGCAACUUUAUUGAUCUUUUGUUCAAUGACGAUACUGAUGCGGUGGUGUCUUCUAGCGGGAGUACCAUAGAGAGACAACAACAGCUGGACUACAAAUAUCUAGGACAGCUAUUAUUUGACCUAUCAAUUAAUAUUGAAAACUCUAACAACAAUACUACCCCUAGAGAACACCGACUGGAUGAAAUAUCCCCUCAAUUAAUUGAUGACAUGAGACAGAUCGAUGAUAAGUUCAAGGAUGUACUCAAGUAUCUACUGUCAGACAGUGGCGAUUCAAAAAAGAACGUUCAUGACCUUGCUAGUCACUUUUAUGACAAAAUGUUCAUGGUCUUGGAGUCGUCACAAACCUAUACAGAAUACAUGGAGUCCGUCCUAUCAAGAGAGCUAGAAAAUGGCAGAUUAUUUAGACUGAUCAAUAAGCUAAAUUGCAUAUUUGGUAGAAUCGAAUCGAGAAUAGACAUAAAUUGGUCUGAAUCUGGCACCAAAUUUCCUAUUAUACUAUUCUAUGACUACGUAUUCCAUCAAGUCGAUUCAAAUGGGAAACCAAUAAUGGACUUAACUCAUGUAUUAAGGUGUUUGAACAAAUUAGAUGCCGGUAUUCAAGAAAAAUUAAUGUUGGUAACGCCUGACGAAAUCCACCUUUAG